GGUUGGUUACGCCAGGAUAGUUUGUACGUUUCCAGAACACCUCUAGAUUCUCCAUGGUAGAGCUAGCAGCUAGUGGGGAUCUCAAAACUUCCUUCUGAAAAAUCAACACACUGAAAUUGAUAACCGUAAUGUCACAUUGCAGGGCUGGAGUACAUGGCUAGAGAUCCGGCAAGGUCUAUUCGGUUAGUCCAAACGACAAGGAGAGGAGUCUACAAGAAAGAAGAGGAUUAAUUUUGUGGAUACUGAUGAUCUGAUGAUAUGCACAUGUAAAAAGUAUGAAAACGUGAAAAAAUAGCAUUUACACCUACCAACUUGUAAAGUGUGGAAGUGAUUGGAUGUGUAUCGCAGUGUGCCCAUGGGGAGUUAACAGUGUGAUUGGAGUAUAAACACAGCUAUGUAUAUAGUGGAUUAUAUUCUUGACACACCAACUGUUGUGUUUUAAUUGUUAAAACAUCCAUGGCAUGGUAUUCACUCCAUUUGGGAAAUUAAUCAUUUAAAUCUGCAAACAUGCAGUUUAAAAGGAAACGUGAUUUUAUUUCAACAACUGUUUUUAAUGUGUGUUUGACUGCUGUUGUUUUUCUAGUCAAUGGUGGACAUUCUGAAAGUAGAGAGUUUGUUCCGGGAGCAGUACACGGAAGUAGUGAUCCCCGUCUCAUCGGGUCUCCUAUGUUCAUCAAGGAACCGGAACCUUACUACUACAUAGUCAAAAAUCGACCAAUCAACAUUCACUGUAAAGCUGUUAGUGCAGUCCAAAUAAAGUUCCGAUGUGCCGGUGUCGAUCAGUACCAUGAAAUAACGGAGGAAUACUUCGAUUCAAAUCUCAAUAAAAAAGUGAUUUCUAGUCGACUGGAAGUAACACGGGAUGAAGUUAAAGAUUAUUUUGGAGAAGGUGGAUUUUGGUGCGAAUGUUAUGCGACCAAUAGUUUACAGGACACUGAUAAUGGAAAGAAAAUCAAAAGCAGGAAAGGAAUGGUGGAAAUUGCAAUGAUGCGGAGGUGGUUUGAACACGAGCCAAUGUCACUUCGUGCCGCCCUUGAUACUGACGCUCAGCUCACCUGUCUGCCACCAGAGGGCAAACCCAGGCCAGAGGUUUUCUGGCUGAAGAAUGGAGAGGAAAUUGAUAUUAAGAAGACAAACAACAUUAUAUCUAGUGAAGGAAAUUUACUCUUUCCACAAGUUCGCAUUUCUGAUACUGGAAACUACACCUGUGGGGCUCGAAAUGUCGUGGCAAAGCGUAUCAGCCAGUCGGCUGUUCUAACUGUGUAUGUGAAUGGAAGCUGGUCAACAUGGAGUCAGUGGUCAACUUGUUCAGUCAAGUGUGGUCGGGGCUCUCAGAAGCGUUAUCGAGCUUGCACCAAUCCGACCCCCCUCAAUGGGGGUGCCCCCUGUGUUGGAGAGACAAGUCAGAAGACUGAGUGUACCGCCAUCUGUCCAGUGAGAGGACAGUGGUCAAUGUGGUCAUCCUGGUCAACCUGUAGUCCUGAUUGUCUCCAUCAUCGCCGAAGGUCAUGUGACGACCCUCCCCCUGAAAAUGGCGGAGGAUACUGCAGUGGAAAUGAUCUUGAUUCUACUAACUGUACUGGAGGAAUGUGUCGAGAGAGAACACUGUAUGGGGAUUUAAGAGGCCCGGUAAAAACAGCAACUACUGUUGGACCCAAUGCAGGAAGUGGCAACAUCGCCCUCUACAUUGGAAUCUGUGUGUCUAUUGUUGUCCUUGCCAUCUUUGUUAUUCUGGUCGCCUUGGCAAUAAGAAGAAAAAGUCAAAAUGCAAACAAUAGUAACCAACCGCCCCUAACUGACGAGGAGAAGAAAGCACACAAAAAUGGAAAUGGCGUGGUUUCUGUACCCCCAGACCUGACACAGACUGUAGUCAUUGUACAACACAACAACAUGAAUAACGGAAUCUCCCGCAGUCCUAGUUUAGAGGCUCCCAAUAACAACCAUGUGAACUCGGUCGAGAACAUUUAUGAUAAACCUGACAUCAGUCCUAGCAUGGACAGUAGAUUAUCGGGAGGCACUCUUACCAAAAAUGGCAAAACACUUUUUGUAGAACCCACAUUUAUGAAUAAUAGACCUCAAGAAAAAUUACCAUACGAGAAAGAUGUGCCACCUCCAGUUCCCCUUGGACCGAGACCACCUAUACAGAAUAACAAUGUGAUGGAUAGUCGCCAGUCUAUGAUGUCCGUCCAGUUACCUAGCAAUAUUGACAUGGAGGCUGUGGCAUGGACUACGUUCAACCACCAGGGUGGACGCCUGGUCCUCUCGGACUCAGGUGUUGCACUGACGGUGCCGGAGGGAGCCAUUAAAAAGGGUCACACGGAGGAGCUGUUCAUUGCUGUGUGUCGCGACGACAAGGACAGGCCCAAACUCUCAGAUCACCAGACAGUUAUUAGUCCUGUGAUAUUGGUUGGCCCUGUCAAACAUGAUAUGCUGAAACCAGUUAUCCUGUCCGUCCAACACUGUGCCAACAUGCGGCAGGGUGGUUGGAUGCUCUCCCUUUGUACCAGUGACACGCCCACAGACGAACCCCCACGAUGGCAUAAAAUUGUAACAUUAGGACAGGAGACGAUAAAUACACCAAUCUAUGCCCAGCUAGAUCCUAACCACUGCCACAUCAUGACCGAAUACCUUCAGAGAUACGCCCUUAUAGGGGAGGCAGUCCAUGGGGGAAAGCCAAUCAAAAUCCUCCGUCUGGCUGCUUUCGCCCCUAUGAUGCCUCCAUCCAUGGAUUUCAGCAUCAGAGUAUAUGUGGUAGAGGAUACCCAGGAUGCAUUAGAAAGUGUGAUACAAGAAGAGAGAAAAUUUGGAGGACGUUUACUUGACAAACCCAAGCAGAUACCAUUCCAAGAUGGUGGACACAAUUUGUGCCUUACCAUUGAAGAACUCACCCCUGGUUGGAGAAGUAAAUUAGCAGCAAACUACCAGGAGAUUCCGUUCCAGCACAUUUGGAGUGGGACUCAGAACAACCUACACUGUUCGUUCUCACUGGAACUGGUGGACCGGGCUUACCACAAAGUUAGCUGUAAAAUACAGGUCUACCAGAAAGCUAUACUCAGUAAUAGACAGGUCCUCAACAUCAGCAACAACUUUAAAGAGAAAUCAACAUCUUGUUCCACGCCCUCCUCAACACUCAAAGGGAGGUCAUCAACAGUUACCACCAAUUCCAGUUCAGGGUUCAGCUCCAUGGUAACGCUCGACCCUCAAGGUCAAAACUUCCGACUGCCAACACAUAUAAGGACAAGAUUGUGCAUGUUACUAGAUCCUCCCAAUGCUCGGGGUAAUGACUGGAGGAUGUUAGCUCAGGCCCUCACAGUAGAUAGGUAUGUUCAGUUCUUUGCUACAAAAGGGUCGCCAACAGAACACAUCCUCGACUUGUGGGAGGCGCGACACAGAGAGGAGACGGCUGUUACAGACUUAAUGAACAUUUUCCGUGUAAUGGGUCGGUUGGACGCGGCGUCUGUCCUUGAGGAGGACCGAGGAUCAUGGUUAUGAUUUUGUCAGUGUGCUGAUGACAGGACAAUACUUCUAUAACCUAUGCAAGUGUGGCUGUGAUGGUGUGCAGCCUCCGUGUGUGAGGCGAAAAUAUUCGUCGAGUGCCUCGGGAGGCUGUGCACACCCCAAAGAGUUCCGACUCGGAGGGCAGAUAUGUCUCAUAACCAAACUCAUCACUGGUGCUCCACAAGGCUGACUGGUUUGUGAAACUAUUGCAAACUAGGACAGUAUUGGUUACUUUACCAAACAGCAACCCAGUCGGUCCUUAUAAGGACAUUUAAUAAUGAGAUGCAUAAACUAGUGACAUGAUGGUCUUUAUAUCAUGUUCAAAAAAGUAGCAGAGUCGAUUCAUAUAUGUCAUGAGCGCAUCAUAUUCAUGAAUGCUGCCACAUAAGUUGUCAUUCGUAGUGCUUAGAAUGUCUCGAUGAAACAACGGCCUAAUAUGGGUGCUCAAUAUAACCUCGUAUUGAAUGUCUGCUGAUGCCUAUCAUGGGAGGUGAUGCCUACACAAAAUCCGUAUUAUACUUACAAUGAAACUCAGCCAAGUAAUUUAAAGAGUGCUAUUUCAAGGAAGAUGAAGACUUAUCACACUAACUAUAUAUUUUUUAAAAAGAUUUUAAUAGUAGUGUCAUUAAUCAACUCUAGGAGUUUCAGUUUGGAUUUUGUGGUAGACAAGUGGAAAGAUUCCUACAAAACUAUUCUACACAACAAAAUGAGAGAAGAGCUCAGGCAAAGAAGCAUUUUCCUAGACCUGGCAGAGACUGAUGACUUCUGUCGGCGGAAAUGUCAACCUUUGAACCCCCUAACUUGGUCAAAGGUCAAGGAAAAAGUGCCCCCAUAUACAUGGACAUAGAUAAACUUUGAUAUGUGGUGUAUAUACACUAUCUUCAGUGGAGAUAAUGUUGUUGUGUUCAACUGGGACAAACGAAGAGGUCAUCUUUGUGAUCUGUGUCAAAAAUGACACCAUCACUCACUGGUGACUGUUGAUAGGAUAACAAAUAUUGUGAUAAAAUAACAUUAUGAAUUGUCCUACAAUUCAAACUGCCAAAUGUGUGUGUGGAUGGUCGGUUAUUGUUUUAACCCUCACAUGUGUGCUUAUAACAUGUGUAAAAACAAAUUGUCAAUAUUUUGUCAGACAUGAAAUUCAAACACGUGGCCGUUGAUACAACCAGGGUGUUGCGCUAUGAAUUAUAUUAUUAUUGUAAAAAUACUACAUCUGAACUUCAUAUGUAUUGAUAAUGAUAAAUCAUGUACUACUAUUGAAACAAAAACAUUCACAUUUUCUGUCUUGGGGUAGUAUAACAAUUUGAACUGUAAUUAAGGUGAUGUGGUUGUAGGAAGAAUUAUCAUGAAAGGAUAUCUUAAUAAGAAUGAAAAUAAAUUGAGUCAUUAUUUAUGUUGGUGCACAGGAGAAAGUGAUUGCAAUUCUUUACCCGUGGGAUAAACCUGAGGUUUAUAACAAGAGUAAUUUGUUCAAGCAACCAAAACAAAGUUAAACCUGAUAUGUCUAAAUAACCGCUCUAAUCCUAGGGCCCUGUACAGGCUAAACUACCAGAUGAAGUUUUAAAUUGUUUCAACUUCAAUGGCAUCACAUUACUGGGGUCACAGGGUGCAAUUUAUGUUGAGGUAAUGCACAUUCUCUCCCAUAAUGUUGCCUUUGUGUGGUGGUACAGGGAUUGAUACCACAUCAAAAUAAUGGCUGAAUAUGGCCGGCUGACAGGUGUAAUCCUGAAUCUACAGUACUUCUUGUCCCAGGUAUGGCCUGGCAGAAACACCACGAUUCUUUGAUGCGUCAAUUUGGUGUGCAAUGGCUCAAAGCUGGUGGAACUAAUGGUGAGGAUAUCAAAAGGUAGCUCACCAAUUACAAGGCGUAUAUAAACCUGGCCAAUUUCAUUUAAUCAAUAUGGGCUAAAUUUUAUUACUGUCGAGUUGAAAAAUUGAAUUAUUCAGAAAAAAUUAGUCUACUUUUCACAAAACAUUAGCGCAUAUAUAUAUUCUUCAAAUACUUUCUAGUCAUUUUGUAUCUUAUAAAACCCUAGAUGAAUGGUCAAUUGUACACUGAAUAUUACAUGGAAAGUGUGGGCAUAUUUACAAUCAAAUGACUCUCUGAAUAAAAGGCCAAUUGAUAUUGUACUUGCCUUUGACCUUCGACAGCGUACUGAAUGGAGGGGAUUAUAAUGUCGGAGGGGACAGGGCGAUGUGUGUAUGUGUGUGCGCAGGAUUGUCGACACUGACAACAGUUUAGGGGCCAUCACUCGUCUCAUUAGGGUAUUACACCAGUCUAUAAGUGUAGCAGUGCAGUAUCUCAUUUCUCCUAACUCAUUUGCCACCUAGAUGGGUGUGUGAACACACCAUAUUGUCACCAUUUUAUAGCUGUACUUGAUAACACUAUGACCUGCUCUCAAACAUGUUUCAACCUCUCAGUAUGCAAACAUUCAUUCUGUACUGCUAAACUGAGCUCUCGGUAAAAUGAGUUGACCUUCACGUUACAGACACUGUUAAACGCUAGUUAGUGAGACAUGUCUCUAGUUCUAUCUGAUUAUACAUAAGUAAUAGGAAUCAAAAGACAAUUCAUAAAAAGGUGAUAAAUGCCCUCUCUUGCUGAAAAAAAGUGCUUUUAGUGUGUAUGUAAAAUGUAUGCUCAAGCUGGCACUCAAACAUUGAGAGGAAAUGUGUUAUUUCUUAUAACUCUGAAAUAGUUUACUAAAAUAGAUAAAUGACCAGUAGAUAAGGGGAGAUGAACCUCCAUUAUGAUUCCUGUAAAAGGCAAGAAUUGUUGAAUUGUUGAACUUGGUUCUUUUUAAUCUAUUUGAGUGUUCUAUAAUUUUUGUAUAUCACUUCUAUAUUUCAAAGAAUUUUUCAAAUGUUGUUGAACAUGUUCCAAAAUGUUUUUGAAGAAACACUGUUUCACAGAGAGUAGUAGUUUGAAUCUUUGUCUAUGUGAAGUGUUGGUCAGUCUGUUUUCCAUAUGCCUAUCAUAUAUAGUUGGUUACCUGCUGGCUUUUUCCCCUCACAGAUGGUGCUAAUAUGAAAUUCAGAAAUAAAUCGCUGAGUAAUGAUCUAAUAUAUCACAACCGUGUUGUCAAACUAUUGAUCUGGCUUUACGCACAUCAUUGUCGCCCUCACUUGAUGAUCUGGCUUUACGCACAUCAUUGUCGCCCUCACUUGAUUAUUGUCCUUAUUAUAAAUAUUUAAUGUUCACCCCAACACAAUGCAGUGCUUCCAUCAUCACUUUCAUCAUUCCCAUUUUAAACUUUCAUAAGAAAAGAAGCUAUUAUUUGCGAAUGAAUCAUCAUCUGACAUGUAUAUAUGCCCUAAAUCAUUCAGAUAUCACCGUUUCUUUAUCAUGCCAGUGCACAUUUUGGCAAGUCUCCUUCGCUAUUAAUAUCUAGCAUGUGUGGGCAUCAUUAGCCAUUUUUUAGUGGGAAAGAACACUGGAAACAAUUGUAUGUGUCACACCAAAGUGUCAACAUUUCCAAAUGAUAGCUUUUCUUCAGAACAUGUUUUAUAUGGCAUAGAAAAUGGUUCUUGUCAAAAACAAUUUCAUCUACUGUUUAUCAAAUGGUCUCCUGGCCGGAAAUCAUUUUGAAUUGUAUUUUAUUUUAAUCAUUUUGCUACAAAUUUCUUGUCAAUUAUUCUGCGUGUUGUGUGUAACUGUUUUCCCCCUUGUUUGACAUGUGUGCCACAAGGUGGAGCCAGGAGUCCCUUUAUCACAGAGAUGGUGUCGCAGCAAUGGCACAGGGGAGUAAGGCAUGCACGGCACUCGUGCUGUGUUUGGUAGGCUCCGGUCAGUUGGUAGUGUGAAUGAGUGGUAUGUCUCUCCAUUAAUGAUUCGAGGAAGCCAUGUUAAUUUAUUGAGUAUAGUAAUGCUAUUUUUAAUUUUGAAUGCUUAAAAGCAUCAAUGUAUUUUUUCUCUCAGAAAAAUUGAUGAAGGUGGGACCUAAUCUGUAAGCAUCUUAUAUUCAGUACUGGAUUCUGGAAAAAUUGUUUGUGUUAUUAAUUUAUGAUAUAUAUAUAUAUAUAUUAAUGUUUUAAGUUUUUAAUUUAUCACGCAUAGGGAAUGACGAAGCAUAAUUUAAGUGUAAUACUAAAAAGUUCAAUGUAUAUAAUGAACAAAUUGAAUUUUAUGUCAAGGCUGAAGUCAUUAGCUUGUCGUUAAAUAUGAAUGUCAUUGUAGGUCAAAUCAUUUAUCAGAGGGGGCAUAUAUUUAAUUGAAAGGAAAACAAUGUUUCUUUCAACAAUUUGUUCGAUGAUUAACUAAUAGUUUGAUGGUCUAGUUCAUUGUGAAUGUUAAAUGAUCCUAGAGGGAAAAAUAUCUAUUAAAGGAUAACAAUGAAUUUUUAACCCCUGCAUCCAGAUAUUGUCAUACUGAGGUCCAGGGCCCACUUGUAUAAAACAUCUCAAAGUUAAGGAAAAUCUCAAGCAAUGUAUUGUCUAUGGGAAAUCUCAGACUUGAGGAAAUCUCAAGAGUUGAGAUGUUUUAUACAAGUGGGCCAAGGUAUGUUAAGAUUGCUGCCACUCCACGCCAAAUGUACCUUUAAGACAAGAGUUCAAUGCCUUCAUCAUUGUGAGACAAAAGCGUGCUCCAAGCUAAAAAGUACACCUAUUCGUUUGACCCAGGGAUUUGAUGCCGUAUGACUUCAGGUUUUACUCAUUCUUCCUUUUGUUUUAAUUGAAACCUGAUAAGUCCUGGUAACAGAUGGCUAGAUUCCAUUACAGCAGCACGAAUCACAUUACACAAAUUAAAUUUAACUUGAUGAAGGCAAUCAAUGUGCCACAUUUUUUAAGUAGAAUUUUCAAGCAAGGAAGUUUUCUGAUUGACCUAAUCCAUCUUACUCUUCAUUAAUGUAAUGAUCAGUGCCAUAAUGGGGUAAUUACAGCUAAUUUCGGGCAAGGGUGGUGUCACUUUUUUUUCAUAGAGGGGAAGGGAUGCAUCUUUUUUUUUAAGUGGGAAGGGUGGUGUCUUUAUUUUAACAAAUGGGGAAGUGUUUUCUGAGAGUUGUUGAUUCCAUAUGCAGUGUGUGUGUAUGAACUUGUAUGUGAAUGUAUAAAUGCUAUGCAAGUGGAAGAGUGAUAAAUGAUGUGUGAUAGUACAGGUGUGUGACCAUUUGAUGACCUGAGCUAGUACAGGUGUGUAACAAAUGCUGACAUCCUAGUACAGGUGUGUGACCAUUUGAUGACACAUGUGCUAGUACAGGUGUGUAAUUGACGACAUGCUAGUACAGGUGUGUAAUUGAUGACAUGCAUGUACAUUGGAGAUUAUGAGUGCUUCGUUUUCUCACAUGUUUUCUUUGAACCUCAACACUUUAUACAUGAUUAUGUCGCAUGUCAGUUUUUACAGAAUUUGUCAUUUAUCAUAAAGAUGUGACAUUCUUGUUUAUUUGAUACAUAAUGAGUGGGAAGCUACAGUUAUAUGUAUAAUAAAUAUAUAUGUCAUAUAUAUAUGUAAAUUAUGUAAAGAUAGGUAGCUACCUGGUCUGUAGGCUACAACAAUGAUCAUGCAAUUUUAAGAUUAAAUAUUUUGUUUUUGUCAUGGUAACAUGUUUAUUGUAUAUAAAUGUCACUAAAAUAAAUUGAGAAAAAUGAAAUCUG